AUCACCAUUGCCACUGGCUUUAUGACGGCUGAUGACGGGAAUUGCGCCGUUGCAUUUUCCCUGCCACCAGCUACGCAGCGCAGACGCACACACUGUGCAGGAACGCUCGAGCGCGACAACCAGAGAGUAUCAUGUCCGCACAUCUUCGUUACCGAUAAAGCGCGAGAAAAAAAGGGCACCGGCAAAAGUCACUGACCAGUUUGAAGACGGCAUCUGCCAGCGAAUGGUUCAGCGAAGUCGUUUACCUGGGCGUAUCAGGCUUCGGAUAUUUACACAACAUCGUACUGUUCUCAAGCGGCUCAACCAAAGAGCAAUUGCCUCUUUUUUGUGGCUGGCUCUGACAAUGUAAAGAGAUCCGUGUCUUCUGAGGCAUAUCCCUCCAUCGUGAGUUUCAGCUUUGUGACGCUGUUGACCAUGGCGACGGGGCCCCGCCGAUCUCCUCUGAUCUUCCAACAGGACAUGAAGUUUACCGUCUUGGGCAAGCCAGGCGUUGGCAAGUCCGCUCUCGUUGUUCGAUACUUGACACAUCGGUUCAUCGGAGACUACGAUGCCAAUUUAGAAUCCAUAUACACUCAGUCAGCAAAGAUAGACGACCAGUACAUCAAUAUUAACUUAGUAGACACCGCUGGAGACUUUGAUUUUGAAAGCCCGGCAAGGCAGGAGCAGAUCCGGACCUCUGACGGACUGGUGCUAGUCUACUCCUUGGUCGACAGGGAAAGCUUCGAGUACGUGUCGUACAUCCAGCAAUUUCUCUCCAAAGUGCCCGGCCGUGACGCUGAGCGGAUUCCCGCCAUUCUCAUAGGCAACAAGUCCGACCUGUGCCACCUGCGCACCGUGUCGCCAACGGAGGGCGCCGACCUGGCCAAGGAGCUGGGCUGCCCAUACUACGAACUGUCGGCCAGCGAGAGCUACCUCGACAUCGGCGACGCCCUCCACGACCUGUGCCGGGAGAUUUACCGGGCGGAGAAGAGGGCGAAGGUCAAGAAGAUCUCGGCCAGGCUACAGCUGCGACAGACUAUUAAGAAUUUCACUGACCGCCAUAUUUACAGAUCGAGAACGAAUACCUUGUAAUGUGGGCGCAUCUGUGCAGCAAGACGCGACCAAGAAUUCCACAAAUUUCCCUCUCACUUUCGUGGAAUUGUCCGUUCGUUUUCAUUAACUCUUCAUUAAAUAAUUAUGUCUUGCAAAUCAGCCAAUUUUCACUGAUAUUUAUUUUCACAACAUUCAUGAAAAAUAAAUGAUGUAAUUAGUCAGUGACCCUUCGUUUAGCACUAUCAUGUACAUAAAUGGUAUACCAUUUAUGGUCUUCACCCUGAAUUAAUUAGGACCUACAGUAAUAGAUGUUCUAAACAUAAUCAAAAUCACCAAUGUAAGCGAUCCUUGUGCACACAGAAUUCUUCCCGAUUCUGCUGUAGAAAUGAAAGCGGUAAAGACAUCACCUUUAACAGCUAUUCUUAUAGACGUUGUUCAUCACGAUCUGUUCAUUAACCUAUCACAUCGUUCUAUUUAGAAGGCCCUAUCGUGAACACUCUCUAUUGCAGAAUUUUGCAAGACUCCAAGGUGUGUGCCUCCAUACAGAUUAGUUUCAAAGGCUUUAUCUGGGACAAAGAUGGAUGCUAACGGUAAACUCUCGGCAGAAAACUCUUACUGUGAUGCUUCUACUCUAAGAACGAGCUACGCAGGGGAGCGGUUUGACGAAAUUUGGAUUUGUCUGAAGGAUCCGUGGCUUUCGUUUUGCUUUUGGUUCCAGUCCACAUUUUCACCCACUGAUACAUGCCAACAUUGCCCUGUCCAAAUGGGGAUGACGAGUCUGGUUGCUGUCACUUUAAUGUCAUCGACUAAGGGCAGCCGAGAGGCCAAGACCUGCUGCCAAAUACGUCCGCAAUCUGCUAGGAAGAAAGUCGCGCCUGGACGAAAAUUAUGCUGCCGGCGAACUUACACCAAAGAUGCCUUCGGAGGGUUGAUCGCCUCGAACAGGAUUCCGUGCACGCUGUACUCCUCCUCAACAGUGAACAACAGAAAGCCUGGGGCAACACUUGAGGCCCACCGCCAGAAAAAAAUACCCGGAUUUUGAACAGAAGUAGAGGGACUGCUGGCGCAGGCACAUGCAGCCAAUGCAAGAGGGACGAAGUGCCAACGUUUACCAAGUGCAGCCGGCCGAACAAGGAAGUCGUUAUUAGGAAACAAGGUACAUCUGCCUGCUCACGCAUAAAGCCCAUAGAGGACAAAAUGGGCCGACGAGAGCCGUAUAUGUUGUCUGAAUUUCCUGUAACGAUUUUGGUCAACUAUCGAGAUCAUCGAGUGGACAUUUCAGCUGGGUUCAUUGGGGUCUAAAAUUUCAGCGCUAAACUUUUAACACUAGGUAUGAAAAGAGUGAAAACCCCUCUACCAAGCAUUUUAUUUUCAAUUAUGAACUAUUCAGCCAAUCAGUGCAAGAACUAAAUUAAUUGCGGUUAAUGAUACUGUUAGGAUCAUACUUUUUCGGGGAAAUAGAUUAAAUUAAGCCCAUAAAAUCAGCCUAUUUUGGGAGUGACACCGAAAAACUAAUAAUAUCGUGAAAAAGGGAAGAAACAUCACUAGGACAGUAAUUCACAAACUGUGAAAGUCGAAGAGUGUUAUUUCUUCUUUCCAGUUUUAAUCUACAGUAUAAUGCUUCAGUGAUUCAAAGAACGAUCGUGGUUUAAAAAACAA